GUAAGAAGGCUCAUGUGAAAAUAAGGGAUAUAGCAUAUACACUAAGAGUUGGCAUCAUCCGCUGAAAAAAAAAAAAGUUUGCUUAAGCCAUUGGCACAAUAUGGACUCGAAUGUUUGUCGUGCAUAGCCCUAAAUUACACCGGUCUUCCUUUCAAUCAGGAAAAUGGCUCGGAGGAUUUUUCUGUGGCAACUAAUGUCAUGUAUAACCCUGGAGUUUCUCACUCGUUUUGGUACUGCGGUAGAAAAGCUCGAUGUCAACAUCGCUGUGUUUUUUGACAAGGAUGACAUCUUCCAGGAAUACGUCUUCAAGUCGGCCGAACGAAUGUUCCGAUCAAGAAAUGUUGUAGCUGGUAAUGUGACUCCUAAUGAGUUCUUGUUGGAGAUGCAUUUCUCGAUGCCUAAUCUGACCGACGUCUCUCCCUUUGAUCAUGGUUUGAGUGGUUUGUUUCCCAAGAUUUCAAAUAUCACCUUUGACUCACAGGGCAUAAUCUUCGUCGAUGUCACAGAAGAUGGAUUACUUUAUUCCACGCUUCUUGAGAGUUCCGUGUUUCCAUCAAUUGGGCUACUGCAGAGCAGAAGGACGUUUCCCAUCACACAGGAAAGUUCUGGUGGAUUCACUAGAGUUGCUGCGCCAUCUAUCAUAGAAUAUGCACAAGUAAUGGUGAAAAUUACGGAGAAAAUGGGCUGGCAAACUCUGAGUCUAGUGAUAUCAGCAACCCAUGAGGGGCUUGUGUUUGCUGACGCACUGAAGCACUUAGCUCAGGAAAAGAAAUGGCGCGUAUUAACAUCAUUAUGGAUUCAAGGCGUCGAAAGCCUCCAAGAAUUAAAGAUGGGACUUUUGAACGUUAUGUCGACGAAAUCAGAUGUAAUCAUCGGGCACGUUCGUGAAAAGAGCAACGACGAUAUAUUUUGGACCAUUCAAAAGUUGCAAGCCAUUGAGAAUAGUAGUGCAUGGCUCGUUACUAAGCCUACCACGUACGGAGUCUUGAACUUAAGUUCGAUUCCCUCUGGACUAACUCAGGUCAGUUGCAAAUUACCCGAGAUGGGGCAUGACUAUGAGUUGUACCUAAAGGCAUUGUAUGAUUCUUUUGUCAUGUUCGAAAGUGCUUUUAAAAGUUCAGUAAGGGCAAUAAACAGUGUGCAAAAACAAGUUGUUAACACUUCAGAAAAAUACAAGUUGCUGCGGAGAACGGCCAUGAUCCGUUUGAAGGAUACUUUCCUCAAAGGUAGCAGCGAGCUGUUUAGAACUCACGACUUGUCAGAGGAACACCAUUCGGCGUUCGACAUCUUGAAUUUAAGGGAGGAUCUCGAUAGCAGAAAACACUGGCAAGAUGUUGGACUUAGUACACCAACUGGACUCGCAUUAGAGCCCAUUGUAAACCACAAUGGUAACACCCUCCUUCCACUACAUCAUCCCAAGCACCCCGUCCUGAGAGUGCCUGUUGUCGAAUGGCCCCCUCUCGUGGUCUCAAAAGAUCCAGCGCUGACAGCGAGCCAAAAAUCAUGCGUUGGAAGAACGUUCCCUUGCUAUAAGUACGUAAACAUAGAAAAUUCUACGCAGAAGACUAAACAGCUUCUCUGCUGCUAUGGAGCGUCUAUAGACUUCUUGAAGUUUCUAAGAAGAGACCUCGGGUUUGAUACGGAAAUUUAUUUCAAUGCGGAUAGGCAAUACGGAAAGUUCGACCCCGUUAACGGCACCUGGAAUGGAAUUAUAAAUGAAAUUAUCUCUGGCAAAGCGGAUCUAGCACUCGAUGUGUCUGGAAACUUUGAGAGAGCAAGGGUAGUUGAAUUUGCGUACCCCAGCACUGCCUCAGCAAUGAACAUUCUGGUCAGGAAAGAGCGCUCGUACCAAGAACAAGUAAGCGUGUGGUACUCGUGGCUGGAGCCGUUCGAAUAUGGCCUUUGGAUAGCCAUCCUGGUGACGUGUAACCUGGUCCUGUUUGUAGUUUGGUGGCUUGACAGGAAGAGUCCCAAAGGUUAUUACGCGCUCCUCAAGGAUAGUGAUGAGGAUGCUUUUACAUUGUUAGACUCCAUGAGUUAUGUAUGGGGCGUAGCAUUUAGUAAGGACAUUGGCGCGGAAAAGACUCCCCGCAGCAACAGCGCUCGUACCGUGUCAGCGGUUUAUGCGUUACUGGCCUUGAUCAUGGUAAACACCUACUGUGCAAAUCUUAUGGCCUUCUUACUUGAGGAUUCAUACAAACUGCCCAUCAGUGGUAUACGAGAUGCCAAGCUCACCGAGAAGUCUCUUUAUCCACCUGACGGUUUUAAACUUGGAGUAACACGGGGAAGCAACGCGGAAUCUUACUUCAAAUAUCACGUAGAAGACUUUUUCAGGAAGAUUUACCAUGCUAACUUGAAAAUACAUUUAGUGGAUGGUUUUCAGGCUGGGAUACAGCAGCUAAAGGACAACAAGCUGGAUGGACUUGUAGGUGACUACUUAUCUUUGCAGCAAGCUGGUAACACUGAUCCGAAAUGCAGUUACAGCCUCGCCGGAGGAAACUUCUACCACUUUGGCUAUGGUUUUGUGUUCCCCAAAGGUUCACCAUGGAUAGAGGAGGCAACUUUGUCAGUGCUGAAAAACCAAGAGAAUGGCAGCAUUCAGGCUAUUUUAGAUUACUGGUUCAACAAAAAAGAAUGCACGACAAGACCAGUAAAAGAACUCGGUCCAGAGAAAUUGAUAGGGUUAUUUCUGCUUCUUCUUGGUGUAAUUGGGUUCAGUAUCAUGGCUUUGAUAUCCGAGAUGCUCUUCAUAUUUGUGCUGGUUAAAUUCGGACGUCACCUGGGUCCCUUGGGAAAGUCUUUGACGCGCAUGAUCUUUAGUGUGCGCAAAGGCGAAGAAAACGAUAUUAACAUAAAGUGGUUACAGCUGUACAAGAGACAUAAGAGUAUGCGACCAAACGAAGUGCAAUUUACAGAACCUCAUCACGAUGUUUCUAUUCGAAGAGCGAGUUUUUGUAACCUGAGCUUUGAGUAUGGGAAUGAGGUGUUACCUUAUGAUGAACAGUCGAUAUAUCUUCGUAGAAGUCAGCUACUGACUGUGGAAGAUCUAUCCCGUGCGACUGGAGGGAAUUCCGAGUCACAAAACGAUACCACAGAAAGAACAGAGAGCUCGACACUUUGAGCACCAAUUAGUGGUGUUGGUUGUCAUCGUGUAACAACACCACUAGCAAAAUUAUGUGGGGAUUAGGAACGAUUUUAGACAUCGUCUUUCGAACCUGUUCAAGCUUCCCCGAUGGCCGAGUAGGCUAGUAGGAUAACAGGAAUUCCUCUCGAGUUACUCUUUCUAUUUUCUUUUGGGUACUUCUGCCUCUCAUGUCAGGUACCGGUAUCUUUUUAUUUGACCCCUCGUUAAAGCAUGGUUUGAACCAAUCAAAAGCAGUCAAUUGGUACCGAGUUUUGUAGCAAAAAAACGAUGGCGACAAGAAUCACACCUUUUUGAAUAUAUGCUAUGGCAGUGUUACUAUAGAUUUCACCAACAUAACAAGUUGAUUGAAGUCCUAUAGAAAUCAAACUAUUAUAUGGCCUACAAAAUUUCCAACCACAGCCGGUGUGCAGCGAGAGUAAUAAGGCUUUUCCUACCCUGCUAACUUAUAGACCACGCCUAACCCAAGUUAAUUUGAGAAUUCUAACCGGAAGGUGAAUGAGAUAUUUUCCGAAUUCACCACAUUCGUUUCACUGGAACAUUUCGUCUCUAUUGGGUGUAGUAUUUGUACCUCAUCUAAUGCUGUGCGGGUCUCAGAGCACAUGCAUGCAAAGGGAAAAAAAGAGAUAAAAGAAUCGAACUUUCUGCCUCACAGUUGUGAAGCAAAAACAAGGAAUUGUCGCGAAUAGGCUAUCUUUAUGUAUCUUACGCCGGAGAACUCUGUCGCCGGUUCCAUUUGGAGUAAAGUUUAUUCUACAUUUGUACAUAAAUCCUACAUAGAACUCGCAAAACGCUCAAUGAGAACGUCUCUUCACGAUGCAGGGCAUUCUUUUAACUGACAUUUUUGCCUUAGUUUACAAAUGUUUCAAGGCCAUACGCCUAUCACAACUUUAAAUAAAAUAGUUCCAAUUAAAAAUAACUACAAUAACACCUCCGUUUGAAACAAGUGUAGAAAACCAUAAAUAAAGAUACAAAGUAGACUUCCAACUUAAUUACAAUCUUUGAUUUUGUACAGCUUUAUAAACUUUGUUUUCUAAAGAACUGCCGUACGGUUCAAAGAAAUAAAAGAGAAGAAGAACACUUUCACUGUAACGUAUGGAUAACAUGUUUACCAGGCUGUCGUGAUGUUUCAGACCCUUCUCAUGAAAUUUCCCAAAGCACAGAUGUAUUGAGGGCGGAUAACUCUAUGCAACGGAUAAAUCGCUAUCCACAAGAAAAGUGAUAGCAAAACGUGCUGCGCCAUCCACUGGAUAGAGAUUUAU